GAUGUGACUGAUGGUGGAUGGCCGCUCCGCCCAGACUGGACUGGAAAAAAACUGACAACAAAAAAACUUUUCCUCCUCUUUCUACUUGUCUCUCUCUCUUCCCGCACCGCUGCACGACUCGCUUAUUCGCCCGAGAUUCCGCCGGUAAAGUGACUUUUUCAGCUUUUCCCCGCUGCUCUGCUGUUUUUGCGGAGUUUACAGGGUGAGGGAGGAACUGAGGGUCGAGUCCGGUUUAAAGAGAGCGGUGGUGAGAAACACCGCGGGAUAUGUGAGGCUCACCGGCAGCUCCAACCCACCGACAGCCCACCGACAGCACCAUGAGGCGGGACGCGUUCAGGUGGACCCGCCGCGCAGCUCUACUGGCUCUCUGUGUUCUGCUCCAGGUCUUUAACUCUGUAACAAUAGAAGAAAAUGCAACAGCACAGCCUGGGGGAAACAGUACAGUUACUGAAAGUGUAAAUUCCACAACCCUCAGCACUUCUGCUGGACCAGACACUUCAGAAACAUCAUCCACAAACAAUGCUGCUACAACUACUGAAGGAACUGUAACACCAGAACCAUCAUCCACAAGUAAUGAUCCUGAGACUUCCAAAGAUACGACAUCAUCCACAAAUAAUAAUAUGCCUGGAUCUACCGCUAUGAUUACAACAUCAGAUCCGUCAUCCACAAAUAAUACAACUGUGGAUACUAAAGAUAUGGCAACAACAAACACACAAUCCACAGAUUCUACUUCUACAGCAACUACAACAUCGGCUCAAGGUUCAGCAGAUACUACUAAAGAUAUGGCAACACCAAAACCAUCAUCUACAAAUGAUGCUUCUGCAUCUACCACUGAGAUUCCAACAUCAGAACCAUCAGCAACAUCACCCACAAAUAAUAACUCUGAGGUUACUACAGAUAUGACAUCAGCAACAUCACCCACAAAUAAUACCUCUGAAGGUUCAGCAGAUACUACUAAAGAUAUGGCAACACCAAAACCAUCAUCUACAAAUGAUGCUUCUGCAUCUACCACUGAGAUUCCAACAUCAGAACCAUCAGCAACAUCACCCACAAAUAAUAACUCUGAGGUUACUACAGAUAUGACAUCAGCAACAUCACCCACAAAUAAUACCUCUGAAGCAGAUACUUCAGAAGCAUCCUCCACAAGCCAUACUUCUGUACCUACCAAAGAUAAGACAACAUUAAAACCAUUGUCUACAAAUGAUGCUUCUGCAUCUACCAGUGAGAUUAAAACAUCUGAACCAUCAUCCACAACUGAUACCUCUGAAAGUACUGCAGCAGAUACUUCAGAAGCAUUCUCCACAAGCCAUACUUCUGUACCUACCAAAGAUAAGACAACAUUAAAACCAUUGUCUACAAAUGAUGCUUCUGCAUCUACCAGUGAGAUUAAAACAUCUGAACCAUCAUCCACAACUGAUACCUCUGAAAGUAUUGCAGUUCCAGAUGCUGUUGCCAAUCUUAUUGUCUCCAACAUAAGCACAUCAUCUGUGUUACUAACCUGGGAAAUGCGACAAGGUAACAAUUCGUUCUACAAAGUAGAGGAGAUGACCAAUGGAACUCUGCAGAAAACCUUUAAUACUACAAAUACGUCUUUAUUUGUCUCUAAUCUGAUUGCUGGAGUCAACUACACGUUUACUGUCAGUGCAGUUGCUGGAGAUAAUGUAACCGAAGGAGAUAAAGUUCCCAUCUCAGCAUUCACAAAAAUUGGAAUAAUUCCAGUAUCUAACAUCUGA